UCAACCACGUUAGUUACGCGAUUCGUUAUCCCAAAAUUUACACUGCUGCUCUGUCUGCUCUCUCCUCGCCCCUGCCAUGGCCGCCGCCGCCGCCGUCGCGGCCCACUUCUUUCCUAUUCCUCCCUCCCCUCCCUUCCUCCUUACCCAUAUACGAAACCCGAUCCGUCGGCCUCCGUUCCCCGCCAACGUCUCGCAGACUGAGCGCGGCGUCGAGUUCGAGACCGGCGAUUCCUUCUUCCGCAGCGAGAGCGCCGUGGGCCGCGACCUUGGCGUCCUCUCCGCCGCCCUUCACCGCCAGUCCCUCUGCAGCGGUAGUGGCCUCCGUGUCAUCGAUGCAAUGUGCGGCUGCGGCAUCCGCUCUCUCCGUUACCUGGCCCAGGCCGGCGCCGACUUCGUCUGGGCCAACGACGCCUCCGAGGACUGCCGGCCCCUCAUCCUCUCCAAUCUAUCCCGCCACCCCCGCGUGUCUCCCGGCGGCGGCCGCUGCUGGGUCGUCAGCCACCUCGACGCCAACAGGGUCCUGGCCGAGAACUACCUCCGCAGGGAGUUCUUCGAUUUCGUGGACGUUGAUUCCUUCGGGAGCGACUCCUCGUUCAUGGGGAUGGCUGUUGCCACUGUCAGGAAGGGAGGAUUGCUGUACAUCACCUCCACCGAUGGGCAUUCCUCGGGAGGGCAUCGACCUCACUGUUCUUUAGCUUCAUAUGGAGCAUAUGUUCGCCCAAUGCCAUUUUCCAAUGAGAUCGGUUUACGGAUGCUUAUAGGUGGCGUCUUACGGGAAGCAGCUGUUAUAGGUUAUCACAUAUCACCACUUUUCUCUUAUUAUUCAUAUCAUGGACCUGUAUUCCGAGUAAUGUUACGUGUGGAUCGUGGACAACUUCAAGAUAAUAGCCAAUAUGGUUUCAUAAGUUAUUGCCACAAUUGUGGAAACUCUCAAACUUUUUCUUGGGGAGAACUUGGACAAAUUUCCUGCGCCUGUAGAAGUGGCCAGGUAUCCAAAUCUCUUGUUGUCUCGGGCCCUCUUUGGAUCGGUUGUCUCCAUGAUGCAGCAUUUGUCACUGAAAUGCUACACUUAGCUACAGAGUGGGGGUGGGCAUGCACUGCACAAAAGGAGCUCGACCUAGAGAAACUUUUAAACCAAAUGAUAGAGGAAGGGGAUCCUCGACUUCCACCUGGAUACAUCAAAGUUGAUGAGAUAGGAAGACGAGGCAAAAUGAAUUCUCCUCCUGUUAUGACUUUGAUUAACAUCCUUCGAAAGGAAGGUUAUGCUGCUUCCAGAUCCCAUAUCGCACCUAAUGGAAUCAAGACGAAUUGUCCGAUCGCCAAAUGCAUUCAGUUUGCUCAUGGACUUGGGGCAGCAUGAGCACUUGGAAAUCGGAAGCAUCGUUGCAUUGCUAAACUAAGUGCUCACUAGCUGAUGUUCCAUGAGUUUGAUACUGGAGCUUCAUCCUCCAUCCACCGCAAAAUCAACUUUCUUGAUAUGAGAUUAACUAGUAGGAGAUAUCACGCAUCUUGUAUCGCAGUUAUGCUCGCAUUUGUUGCUUUAGGAUUGCUCUUCCAAAAGAUGAUCAGUAGGAAGGUUGUGCCUGCAUAUCUAUAAUUGUCUUCAAGAUGAGGUGGUGAGAGUUCAAAAGCUGCACUAAUUGCUCAAAGGUAUAUGCUUUUCUAGUCAUAUUUUACUGAACCUUUACGGCCCACAUAUUUUGGCGAUAAACAUGAAAUGCAAU